GUCAGGAGCGCGCCGGCCCGGAAGUCGUAGACGCCGGCUACUCCGCGCGGCGAGUGGCGGCAUGGAGCGGGAGCCGAGUCCCGAGGGCUCACGCCGGGCGCUGGGCCGCCUGCUGCAGGCAGUACUGGCGAGCCGCAGUGAAGCCAAUGCCGUGUUCGAUAUUCUGGCCGUGCUGCAGGCUGAGGACCCGGAGGAGAUCCAGGAAGCAAUCCACACGUGCAGCCGACUUUUUGGGGCUUUGCUGGAGCGGGGAGAGCUGUUUGUGGGCCAGCUGCCUCCCGAGAAUACGGUUCUGGCAGGGUCCCACGGAGCCAUGCGCAAGUACAAGAUCUGGAUGCGACACCGCUAUCACAGCUGCUGCAGUCACCUAGGCGAGCUCCUGGCCCACCCCACUUUCAAGGUCAAGGAACUGGCACUCAAGACUCUCAUGAAGUUUGUGCAGCUGGAAGGGGUACAUCCCCUCGAGAAGCCCAAGUGGGAAGGCCAGUAUCUGUUCCCCCGCACGCUUUUCAAGAUAGUGGUGGGAAGCCUGCUCUCGCCAGAACAAGACCACAGCCUGCUGCUCUCCCAGUUCCGCGAGUACCUGGAGUUUGAUGACAUCCGUUACCACGCCAUGCAGGCGGCCUCUGAUGCUGUGGCCCAAGUCACCAGCCAGCAUCCUGAGGUUUCCCUCGCUUUCUGGAACAAUGCCUUCACCCUGCUGUCAGCCGUUAGCCUGCCCUGCCAGGAGCUUGACGCCACUAACUUCUAUGUGAAGCACUCGGAGCCAUCAGACGUGUGGAAGGUCACUCAUCUGAAGGAACACAGGAAGACGUUCCAGGCCAUGUGGCUCGGCUUCCUCAAGCACAAGCUGCCCCUCAGUCUCUACAAGAAGGUCCUGGUGACCAUGCACGACACCAUCCUUCCCCACCUAGCCCAGCCCACCCUCAUGAUCGACUUCCUCACCAGUGCCUGUGAUGUGGGGGGUGCCAUCAGCCUCCUGGCCUUGAAUGGACUUUUCAUCCUGAUUCACCAGCACAACCUGGAGUACCCCGACUUCUACCAGAAGCUCUACAGUCUCCUGGACCCAUCCAUUUUCCACGUCAAGUACCGGGCCCGUUUCUUCCACCUGGCCGACCUUUUCCUGUCCUCCUCCCACCUGCCUGCAUACUUGGUGGCUGCCUUCGCCAAGCGCCUCUCUCGCCUGGCACUGACGGCGCCCCCCGAGGCCCUGCUCAUGGUGCUGCCCUUCAUCUGCAACCUGCUGCGCAGACACCCAGCCUGCCGCGUCCUGGUGCACCGCCCAGGGGGCGCUGAGCUGGAUGCUGACCCCUACGAUCCUGAGGAGGCAGACCCUGCAAAGAGCCGGGCCCUGGAGAGCUGCCUGUGGGAGCUGCAGACCCUACAGCAGCAUUACCACCCCGAGGUGUCCCGAGCUGCCAGCGUCAUCAACCAGGCGCUGUCCGUCCCCGAAGUUAGCAUCGCGCCUCUCCUGGAGCUCACAGCCUAUGAGAUGUUCGAGCGGGAGCUGAGGAAGCAGCCGCCUGAGACAGUGCCACUGGAGUUCAUUCCUGCACAGGGCCUGCUGGGCCGGCGAGAGGACACCUGUGCCCAGCUCUUCACGCUCAGCUGACCUGCCCCCACCCCACCCAGCAGAGGAGGUGGUCAGGGUGCACAGGGUGGGUUGGCAGAGCUGCAGGGGUGGCACAGGGUGACAGUAGCCCAGGUGAUGCCUGCCAUGCGAGUACAAGUGUGGCAGGUGACCUCUGGGCGUGGGAGGGGGUGAAUGCCACUGAGACUCAGGGUCCCCUUGCUCUGAACUUCUCCGUGGCUACAGCUGUCGUCCCCUUCCACCCUGGCCUGUUCUUGGGCCCAGCCCUGGGCACCCUGGGAGAGCCCAGCUCUUGAGGUUUCCUUCUAGGACUCCCAUGUGUGAGGGCCCUGCCCUGGCUUGGGCAGCUCCUGCCCGUGAAGCCCGCUGCGUUCCCUGUGUGCCCUACCCACCUGAGCUCUACCCUGGGAUGGCAGCCUUGUGGUUGCUUUCUUCUGUUUUUUUAUUUUUUUGUCUUUUGUCUUUUUGAGCCGGAGUCUCGCUGUGCAGUUCAGGCUGGCCUUAGACUCACUUAGUAGCCCAGCCCAAGUUGGUCUUGAACUUGCAAUGGUCCUCCUGCCUCAGCCUCCCAAGUGCUGGGAUUACAGGAAUUGUGCCAUCACACCUGGCCCCUCUGUUCUUGAGGUGGUUGCUCUGUGAGCUGGGCAUCCUGCAUGUGCCCAGGAGAACUUCAGGGGACAGAAUGGUGGUGGAGCAGAGGUGAUUCUAGCUGUGGGCGAUGAGGCGACACAAGGCUGCCCCUUCCCUGUUUCCUUCCUCAGUCACCCUCAGGCUAGUUUGGCUUCUGCCAUGGGGCCUAGGCACUGCCCCCCCCCCAGGCAGCUUUGCCCUGGUUACCCCAGGAUGUGGGCCACUGGAAGCCUGGCCGUGGGGAGCCCCGAGUGCCCUGUCAGCCUCCCACAGCACCACUGGCUGCAGGACAGAUGCCCUGCCCCUUGUAACCCUCACGCCUGGGUCAGGAGGCCUGGCUGUGCACCCCGCCCUGCCCCCACAGCACUCAGGUUAGGGUCCUGGGGCUGCAGCCUGGGAGGAGCUGGCAUUCCAAAUCCUGGCAGCCACCACCCCAGGCCACCUGGGACAGCUGGGCCUCGGGCUUCCUGGCAAAUUGGGAAGAGAAAAUCACUAAGCCCUGCAGAUAUGGCCCCCUGUGCAUCCCACUUCCCAUGGGCUGUGAUGGGAGCUGCUGGUGCCCGCUGAGCCUGCUCACUGCUCACAGGUCAUACCCGACACAAGGUUCACGGUUCUGAGCCUGUCACCUCGCGCGAGUCAGCAUUUUUGAAAACUCCUUUAUAAAAAUCCAGAUCAAUGCUAAUCUUUAA